AUGUUCUUCUCAACUCAGAAGCAGAGAGUUAGCAUGUCUUUUCGAGCACACUUUGCGCACUUUUUGCUCGCCGUUCUCCUCAUUUCCCCAACUGCGUCGUCUUCCGCACCGUCGCACCCGCAGCGCAAGGUUCCUGGCGUUGGGUUCAGUCUCACACCUGACUACGGCACGGCGGCCAUCUAUUUCCAGAAUGGUUCUUCCGUGAGCGUGGCUCGGAUCGAGGGAAGCCCGGCGUAUAAGUCCUUCAUGCGCAAACAUGACGACCGAGAAAACGCCGCCGAGGAAGCAUCUGCUGUGUCGUCCUUACGCAGCAGCGUGUGCCGGUCGAUACAGCCGCUCAGCCUCCCGGUGUGCAAGAGGGAGCCGGAUUUCGCCAGCGUCCAGGGCCUUCUACGGAGUCUGCAAUCCUCCGUCAACUCCUACCUAGGCGCCACCUUCUGUUUCGCUGGCAUAGCUGUCCCAGACAGGAACCGACAAUAUCACAACCACGUCAUCGAGGAAAGCCUCAAGUCGAUCGGUCUUCGCCAAACCCACCAAAUCCUGGAUGCCCCUCGUUUGGUCUUGGUGGCCAACAACAUCGACAGCUCAGAAUCUCCGGGCCACAAGUCCCAGGCCGUCCUGUCGGUCGAUUACAGCGCGUCGGGGCUGAACGUCGCUUUGUUCGCCGAGGACGCCGGUGUUGCGGACAUCAUUCGCAGGAACUACAGCCAGCACCUGGGUGGGGACCACCAAAGCGAGCAUGGUCACCUAGAGGCUGUCGAGGACGUCCUGAAGGACAUCACCAAGCCUCCAUUUGGCGACGACCUGUCAGGCUCCCCGAUUACAGACGAAGUUCGACAGGUCGUACUCUUCGGAGACCUGAUUACGGAUCCGGGGUUUCGACGGGCUUUGGAACGCGUCGUGGGUUCCAAGUUGGUCGAGGAGGCGCAUGGCGUCAACCCCGUGUUUGCGGCCGCCUUGGGCAUGGCGAAGUCUUCCCACGAGCGCAUGGACGAUUUGGACUUUGAUGUGCAGCCUGCCUUGGGAUGUCGCUGGUUUUCUGAUCUCUAUGCUGCUGGGAGGGAGGACUUGUAG